AUGUCAACUAUAAAGAAACAAUAUAAUGAACAAAUUCAAGUUAAAAAAAAUGCCAUUAAUAAAAUUUUAAAUAUAAAAGAAGACGAAGAAAUCAUGAAACAGAAGAUGUUAAAGAAAAGUAAAACAAAGAGGAAUUCUAAGAUUUUAAAGAAAAAAGACUACGCCAAAAACAAGUGUACGUCAAAGAAAAGUAAAACGAAGAGAAAAUCUAAUAUUUUAAAGGAAAAAGACAUUGAAGAGGACAUCACUGAAAAACAAAAAGUAUUAAAGAUUAAAUUUGAUGAGAUGAUUUAUAAAGAAAUAUUAAAUGAUGCUGAAAAAGAACGAUUAAGGUUAUUAUAUUUAGAAAUUAUAAGACUUUUAGAAAUAUUGGAAAAAAUUGAUCCAUUAUUA